AUGACGAGUCCAGAGACUUACCAAUACGAGCGCUUGGAAAAGGCGGACGACAUUCGGCUCCUAGACAUCCUGCCUGGGACGGACGAAGAUCCAAUCGCCAUCUCGCUGCAGACCGUUUCACUGUCCACCAACCCCGACUUUGAAGCGCUAUCGUACGUCUGGGGCGACCCCGCGGUGACCGAGCAAGUCGCCUGCCAUGGCAGACUCCUCCGGGUUACCACAAACCUGUUCAACGCUUUCAGACAGCUACGUCUGCCCGACCGGCGGCGCACGCUGUGGGCCGAUGCCGUGUGUAUCAAUCAGACCGACCUGGACGAGAAGUCGCAACAGAUUCAGAUCAUGCACAGAAUCUACAAGUCGUGCCGGACGUGCGCGAUAUGGCUCGGACAAGCUGACGAGCAUUCUGCCGUGGCGUUGGAUAUCGUGCAGCUCAUGGGAGAGAUGGUGUGCAGACGCCGGGGUAUUUCCAUGGAGGAGCUGGAGAGUCAGCCGGAAAGAGAUCGUCGAGACCCGAUGCAGGCGCUUCGAAUCGGGUUGGAUGAGAGUCUUCCGGCCAUCAACUCACCCAGGUGGUUUUCGCUUUUUCGUUUCCUACGUCGAGAAUGGUUCUCUCGUGUCUGGGUCGUUCAAGAGAUCUACUUCUCGCCCAAUGUUCUCUUCUACUGCGGUGAUAGGACCACCAGGUACGCGCCGCUAUUUUAUACGACUGAAUGGAUCUUGCGCAACGGCAUGCAUGUGAAUCAUUCCGCUUUCAGGGAGCGCCACCGGCAAUGGAGCAUAUCCAAAGAUUUCUCCUCGGGUACGCCUGGGCUCAACAUUCUGGGCAUGCGCCCCGAGUGCUACGGCGGGCAGCCCCCGAUGCUGGCACAGCUACUUUCAUCACAUCGAAGUUUCAACGCCACAGACCCCCGCGAUAAAGUGUACGCCAUGAUGCAUCUACCGCCUUUUCGAAGUGAAUACCCCGAGCUGGUGCCCGAUUACCGCCGGUCGGCUGAGGAUAUCUACACCGACGUGGCCUUUCGGCUGUUAACUGGGCCCAAGCACCCCUUCUUUGUCCUGACCACGAUCGACAUACACAAGGAUCCCGACGAAGAGCUCCGCCUUCCUUCGUGGGUGCCGUGUUGGCACCGCGAAAGAAAGAACCCAAACAUUGGCAUCGUAUGGUACCACCUAAUGUCCACUGCCGUGUCCGAAGACGCCAAGGCUGCCUCACGCUUGGCUCUGCUACCGUCUCCAGGGCGAGCGCUGCAGGUACGCGGCUUUGAGUUCGACGUCGUGCAAGACGUGUGCGAGCAAAAAUUCUGGACCUUGAACGGUCCCGAUCAGCCACACAUUCCGCUGUUCUCGCCGCUAACGCCGUGGGAGCCAUACAGCCCCGAGGCUGGCCGGCCGCCCUACCAAUCCGUACAGGGCAUUAUGGCGGCGUACUGUAUGACUCUGACGGCGUCGUGCCGCCAAACCUAUGGCUUCCACUCUUUCCGCUGCGGAACCAAGGUCUAUAGCGACCACGUUAGAGACUUUGUAGCCUGGCUAACGUGGAUAAGGACUUUGCAAGAGAUGCCGCAAAAGACGCCGCAUCAGAAUUUUUAUCCUCCUGGGCUUCAUGCGCUGCCCCAGCCAACGAUGUUUAGCACCUCGGAUGCCGAGGUCUCGGAGAGGUCAAAACGUUACAGCCACAUGACCUCCCACUACAACAUUGGUCGUAGUUUAGUCCGAACACGUAGGGGCUAUCUCGGCACUGCGCCCAACAAUGUAAGAAAGGGGGAUGUCGUUUGUGUCUUUAUGGGUGCUGCAGUCCCCUUUGUCUUGCGGGCGCGAGAUGAUACUGAUGGCGGCUAUAUGAUGAUAGGCGAUGCCAAUAUUCACGGCAUCAUGGAUGGAGAAAUUUUGAGAAAUUGGGAGGAUGUGAAGACGCAGCUCCGUGACUUGAAUAUAUAUUAG